GGCAUUCCAUGUUCCAGAUUCCAUUUCUCUUCCCACUUCAACAAAUCAACAUCACCUUUUGCUUAAUUAGAGAAAAUACAGAACCACCUGAAUCACUGGUCCUAGAACCUUCCUAUUCAUUCAUAAGUGGGAUAGGCUUAAUCCCCACCAAGCAGUGAUCUGUCUCAACCUGGUGGUGGAGGGUCAUUCUGACUCUCGGCUUAUACUUCCCGUUCUUGGUCUAUAAAUAGCCCAUAAUCAAAUACCUAAGGCAUAUUCAAGUCUGAGUUCGAGCAGCAUUCAAGUGACAUAUUAGCUUUCUUUCCCAACUUUUAAGCUCUUUUUGUUCCUGUUAGUCAGCUCUGAGAUUGUUGCCAAUCAAGAAACAAAUGGAGGGGAAAAGGAGUUUGACAGUUGCAGAUGCACUGGAUUACAAGGGAUUUCCGGCUGACAGAUCCAAAACUGGUGGUUGGAUACCAGCUGCGCUUAUCCUAGGGAUUGAAAUUUGUGAGAGGCUUUCGACUAUGGGAAUAGCAGUGAACCUGGUGACCUACUUGGGUGGAGUGAUGCAUCUGCCGAGCUCUACCUCGGCCAACAUUGUUACCGACUUCAUGGGCACAUGUUUCCUCUUGUGUUUGCUGGGGGGAUUUCUUGCAGAUUCUUUCCUUGGAAGAUACAAGACAAUUGCCGUUUUCGCCAUCAUACAAACACUGGGAACCGGCAUGUUGGCGAUAACAAGUGAGUUGCCUCAGCUUCGCCCACCGCCUUGCCAUGCUCAUGACAUCAAUUGCAAGCAAGCCAAUGGCUUCCAAAUGGGAAUGUUGUACCUUGCUCUAUAUCUUAUAGCUUUAGGCACUGGAGGCCUCAAGUCAAGUGUUUCUGGAUUUGGGACUGAUCAAUUCGAUGAAAAAGACGAAAAAGAGAAAUCCCAGAUGGCCUAUUUCUUUAACAGAUUCUUCUUCUUCAUUAGCAUUGGCACUUUGACAGCCGUUACGGUUCUGGUGUACAUACAAGAUGAAGUGGGCCGAAGCCUGGCUUAUGGGAUCUGCUCCGUCUCAAUGUUGGUAGCCAUAUUCAUAUUCUUCUCUGGCACCAAACGGUACAGGUACAAGAGAAGCUCUGGGAGCCCUAUUGUCCACAUUUUUCAAGUCAUCGCAGCAGCAAUAAGGAAACGCAACAUGAACCUUCCUUAUGAUGUUGAAAUGCUGUACGAGGAUACUCCUGAGGCUUCAAGAAUUCACCAUACUGAUCAGUUCCGUUUCUUGGACAAGGCAGCGAUUGUAGCUGAAGGAGAUUUUGCGAACAGAAGCACUUGCUCAGAGCCCAAUCCGUGGAAGCUGUGCUCGGUGACAAGGGUGGAGGAAGUGAAGAUGAUGGCGAGAUUGCUGCCAAUAUGGGCCACAACCAUCAUUUUCUGGACCACAUACGCACAGAUGAUCACCUUCUCAGUGGAGCAAGCGUCCACCAUGAACAGAUCAAUAGGCAAUUUCCAGAUCCCGGCCGGCUCACUUACCGUCUUCUUUGUGGCUGCUAUUCUAAUCACAUUAGCAGUUUAUGACCGCCUCAUCAUGCCACUCUGGAAGAAAUGGAAAGGAAAACCAGGUUUCUCUAGCCUACAAAGAAUCGCCAUCGGAUUAGUACUCUCCACAGUAGGAAUGGGCGUCGCCACAUUAGCCGAGAUGAAGAGACUAUCGGUGGCAAAGUCGGUCAGCCGCUCUUCAUCCAAUCUUCCGAUAAGUGUUUUUCUUCUGAUUCCACAGUUCUUCCUGGUGGGUGCUGGCGAAGCAUUCAUAUACACAGGACAGCUGGAUUUCUUCAUCACUCAAUCACCCAAAGGAAUGAAAACCAUGAGCACUGGCCUUUUCCUGACCACUCUUUCGCUCGGGUUUUUCGUUAGCAGCUUCCUGGUCUCCGUCAUCAAGAAGGUCACGUCGAGCAAUGGGGGACAAGGGUGGCUUGCAGACAACAUAAACUACGGCCGCCUGGAUUGUUUCUACGGGCUUCUGGCAGUUCUUGGAAUCAUAAACCUCGUCAUCUAUCUGAUUUGUGCUGUGUGGUACAAGCCUGAUCAGAAACCCAAACCCCAACCUGCACUACAGAUGGAGGCUAAGUUCAAAUGCUUUGGUGUGGUUUCGUUAAAAUUGCGAUGUGUAUCAUGUAGCUUCAAUUCUGUGUUGUUUUGCAAAGUGCAGUUGGACCAACUCAAAUAUAAAUCUUUUACUUUAACUCCAAUUGUUAAUGAAUAUUUGAAGAGUCUUCAA